AUGAAUCACCUAAAACCGGAAGUGAAUCACGCUAAGUUUAUGAAGGAAGAAUGUGAAACUAUCACGCGACUCCACUCGGAAAUGGGAAACAAGUGGUCAAGGAUUGCAAAGAUGCUUCCAGGAAGAAUUGAUGACCAAAUUAAGAGUUAUUGCAGAAUGAUGACCCAAAAGAGAGCAAAGUUCACUGCCUCAUAUGCACCCGAGUCCGCUGCUGCCUCAUUCUCUCACAACAACACUGACAUUGAUAGUGACUUAGAGUCAGUACGAGAGCUAAUAGGAGAGGACUUUGAGAGGGAGUUAAUCGCAAAAGAGAUGGAAAUGCUGUUGAGUGCUACUAGGAACAGAUUAGAGAAACCCGAAUCCAUGAGGAAGAACUCAAGUAGGGAUGGCAAUCCGACCCGCGGGUACGGGGACCCGCGGGGACCCGACCCGAAAUUUAGGGUCGGAGACCCGAAAUUUCGGGGUCGGGUACGGGUUCGGGUGCCACCCGAAUGCAAUGUUGUGGGGACGGGUAGGGUAUGGUAA